AUUUUGUCGAUUACAUUCAGCGCUCAAUAAACAUGUUUUUAAAUUCCAUUCGUACGUUGUCCUGUAUAUUAUACAAAGCGCCUAACAGCAUUUCGACUGGAAACAACUUUGCAUUCAAAAAUGGAAGAAAUAUAUGUACAAGCUUGGUGAAAUAUAAUGAAUCUUUGAUCAACAAAGAUGAAAAACAAGUUUCACCAAAAGAUAGAUCAACUAUAAUUCCUGUUGAAACCAGUAUUAAAUAUCUAAAAAGUGAAGCAUAUAAAAUUACAUAUGGAGAUAAUGAAGUAUGGAAAGAAUAUCGACGAAAUCAUAAAGGAAGUAUCCCUCCAAAGAAGACUAGGAAAAUGUGUAUUAGAGCUAAUAUGAUUGCUACUGGUAAUCCAUGUCCAAUUUGUCGUGACGAAUAUUUGGUACUCGACUACAGAAAUGUGGAUCUGCUUAAACAAUUCAUAUCGCCUUAUUCUGGGAAAUUGUUAUCUUAUUCAUUAACUGGACUUUGUCAAAAACAGCAUGAAAAAUUAAUAAUUGCUGUUCAAAAAGCCAAAGACUGGGGAUUAAUUAAAUUUGAUCUUCCAGUAAAAACUUAUAAUUAUGAUGAUUAUAAAAAUUCAAAAUAGUUACCCAUCAAG